ACGCAGCCAACUUCACUCACUUCUUUCUUUCCAAAAAUCCGAAGAUGUCGAAUAUCAAAAGGAAGAAGACCAGGAAGCUGCGUGGUCACGUUAGUCAUGGCCAUGGUCGCAUUGGCAAGCACCGCAAGCAUCCUGGAGGUCGUGGUAAUGCUGGUGGCAUGCACCACCACCGCAUCAAUUUCGACAAAUACCAUCCCGGUUAUUUCGGCAAGGUCGGUAUGCGGAAUUUCCACUUACGUCGCCACCACAAGUUCAGGCCCGAAAUAAAUUUGGACAAACUGUGGUCUCUGGUCGGAGCGGAAAAGCUCGCCGAGCUGGAGAAGGAAAAGAGCACGAAGGCGCCAGUUAUUGAUUUGGUGCAGUUUGGCUAUUACAAACUGUUGGGCCGUGGCCACUUGCCCGCUCGUCCCAUCAUUGUUAAGGCCAAGUACUUCUCCAAGAAAGCUGAAGACAAGAUUAAGAAGGCCGGUGGUGUCUGCUUGCUGAGAGCCUAAGUUAAGAUUCCUCAUCUGAAACGCUAAAUACAGUACAUUCGACCAUCAAAAAUGUAUUUGUUUUUUAAUAAAUUUAAAAGAAAGAGCCACAA